AGCCAUUUUGGCCCAAGCCUGGCGGCGCAAGCCGACCCCAUUUCUUUCCGUAUCCACACCGGCCCGAGGCUGGCAAACUUUGCUACUGUAUCAUGGCGCGCGACGGCCUGCUCAUCGCGGCGAUGGCGCUCACCAGGCUCGCAGGCGCCGGGGCCGAGGGGCUUCGGCAGUCGCAUGAGGUGUACCACGCUCAGCAGCACGCCCUCGAGGCGAAGCUGAGGCUGAAGAUGACGGAGGCGGAGUCCCUGUUGAAGGCUGGCGCCGACAAGCAGCGGGCAGGCCUCAUCAGCAGCCUGGAGAUGGAGGCGGCGCAGGAGGAGAUCAGCGAGCUGAGGGACCAGAUCCAGCGCAUGCAGCACAAGCCGAAAGACAAGGACAGGCUGUCGGUCCUUGCGGUUAUCGCGCACCACGUCCCAGCCAAGGCCGGCGGGGAGGCCCGCCGCAAUGCCGCGCUCAAGGAGACGCUGAAGGCCAUGCAGGAGUGGCCUUUGACAAAGAUGACCACUUACGUGCUGACUAACAAGCUCGUGGCAAACGCUCAUGUCAACGAUAUGGUCACAGGGCAGAUCCUCGUCUCCUCGGACGAGCCUGUCUGCAGCGAGACCUGGAAGCACAAAUUCUGCGUGCCGUGGGAGGCGAUCCGCGCGCUGCGCAGCGCCAGCGCCGGGGGCGAGCCGACCACCAAGUUGGGCUUCGAGCUUGUGGGCGAGCCGAAGUUCGACUUCUACGUCUACACCGAAUCUGACAUCAUCAUUCCAGAGCCCACCUUCCACUUCUGGCACUCCCACGUGGACGCCCUGUACAAGCGGGGCUACCUGCUGCUCCCCAUGCGCGCCGAGGACAAGCUCCUCACAAACGACGUCAUCGCCGUCGACUGCUUCGACGCGGAGUGCGUGAACAAGACUGAGGUGCUCAAGGACGACGACAAGGAGAGCAUGAAGCUCUACAAGACGUCGAGGGACCGCCACUACCUCCGGCCGUACAACCCCUACUCAGGCUGCUUCUUGAUGAACAAGGACCAGUUCACGGACUUCCUGCAUAGCCCCAUGUGGGACUACCAUAAGGUUUGGGAGAACAAGUUCAGCCCCUGGGGCGUGCGCGAGACCGCCGCCAGCGGGCUGCUUUGGGCCCCCGGCUUCGGCAAGGACGCGGGCCUGACGCACCUCAAGAUGAAGGUGUGGCACCAGAUCCCGAUGAACGGCGUCGGCAGGGGGGACCCCAAGGCUAGGAUCGACCCCUCGCGCUUCCACAGGGUGGACGAGUACAAGGACAAGGUCACGGAGUGCCUUGCGGGCACCCUCAAGUGUGGCAAGCUCGGAUCGCUUUCACUUGUCUGAGGAGGGCGCCGUGCCGUCGGGGCAUCCAGCGCGGUGGGCGGGCAGCAGGUCUGAGACCUCGGCAGCGCGCUUCGGUGCAGGUGAUCUCUCGUUGCCGGUGGUGGCACUGAUGAAGGGGGAUGGCGGGGUUGGCGCUGUGCUGUUCACCCUCAUCAUAUGAUCGUGGAGGGCGGAUACGCGUAGGGACUGGCUGUGAGGCGAGGCGGUUGGAUGCCGCUCAUGGUAGCCGAGCGCAUAAUGUCGCACUACAGUAGUCUGCAAUCGCCCUCUGUUCGCAGGUGCGGCUGCCUGGCCAAGUUAGGUGGGCCUUACAGACGGGGAGGUAGAGGAUGGAUACGAGUAGGGACUGGCUGUGGGGUGAGGCGAUUGAAGGCCGCUGAUUGUAACCGGGCGUAGGAUGUCGCACAUUGGUAGUCUGCGAUCGCCCUCUGUUCGU